GAAGGAAAACACACUGACUGGGAAUACAAAGUCAUGAAGGAUGGUCAAGAAAUUUUAAACUCCAACGCAAACAAAGGCCUCAGUGUAAAACUUGCAUCUACAGUUCAGAGUGGUAAAUACAGCUGCUCUGCUCACAGGACGAGAUCACAGAAAACAAAGACCAGUAACAUCGUCUCUGUAACUGUGAAGGCAGGUAAGCCCAGGGCCACACUGACUCCAGGAUCAACUAUCAUACCAGUAGGGGGCAGUGUGACACUGACCUGCUCUGUGGGGAGCUCUGCUGGCUGGAAAUAUGAGUGGUUCAGACGUGACCCAAACACUGAAGUUCAAAUGAGAACAGAUGAUCAACAAAACGGAGUAAUCAGAGUAUCUCAAGGAGGAAUCUACCACUGCAGAGGAAGAAGAGGAAACCCAGUUUACUACACUGAUAAAAGUGAUGAUGUCACCAUUAAGAUAACCUUUUCCAAUAAGGUUGUUGUUAAAGGACGACCCAGCUGGCCUCAGAUAUUCAGCGGUGAGACGAUCAGUCUGACAUGUGAGCUGCAGGAAGGAGGUGAAACCACUGAGUGGGAGUAUAGAUGGAGAGGACCCAAGCAGACCACACAGUGGACUCACAAUAAUUACUGGAUAUUCAAUGUUUCUGAGUCCAGCAGUGGAGACUACACGUGUAAGAGUCGACGCAGAGAUGACUCAUAUUCUUCAACAGAGUGGAGUGAAGCCUUCAACUUGUCAGCAUCAACAGGUAAACCCAGGGCCACACUGACUCCAGGAUCAACUAUCGUACCAGUAGGGGGCAGUGUGACUCUGGCCUGCUCUGUGGGGAGCUCUGCUGGCUGGAAAUAUGAGUGGUUCAGACGUGACCAAAACACUGAUGUUCAAAUGAGAACAGAUGAUCGACAAAACAGAGUAAUCAGAGUAUCUGAAGGAGGAAUCUACCGCUGCAGAGGAAGAAGAGGAAACACAGUUUACUACACUGAUAGAAGUGAUGAUGUCACCAUUAAGAUAACCUUUUCCAAUAAGGUUGUUGUUAAAGGACGACCCAGCUGGCCUCAGAUAUUCAGCGGUGAGACGAUCAGUCUGACAUGUGAGGUGCAGGAAGGAGGGGAAACCACUGAGUGGGAGUAUAGAUGGAGAGGACCCAACCAGACCACACAGUGGACUCACAAUAAUUACUGGAUAUUCAAUGUUUCUGAGUCCAGCAGUGGAGACUACACGUGUAAGAGUCGACGCAGAGAUGACUCAUAUUCUUCAACAGAGUGGAGUGAAGCCUUCAACUUGUCAGCAUCAACAGUGCCCAGGACUGGAAACUCUUCAUUUCCUGCUCUGUUGAUCGUUGGACUCGUCUGUGGACUUUUACUGAUUCUUCUUCUGCUGUGUUGUUGCUUCAAACAGUCAAAGGAUUCAUGCUUUGCCAGCACAAAUCAAACCAUAAACCAAACGAUCAACCAGGAUGAAGCUCGAGACAGCCAACAUGCUUCUCCUCACCAAGGUGAUGCUUGUCUCUAUGAAUCAGUCAAAGACCACGAUGACACAAAAAAUGUUGAAUCUGGGGAUGUCACAUAUUCUUUGAUUGAGUUUAAAAACAUCACUCAGAAAGAUGAGAGCCCGUUGUAUGCAGAGGUCUCCCACAAGAGAGCUAAAGCCAAGAGAAACAAGGAAAAAUCAGCCUCUGCAGCAGCUGAAGAAGUCAUUUAUUCUGAAGUCAAGUCACAACCAGCUCUUGAUUACAGCCUGUUGUAUGCAGAGGUCUCCCACAACAGAGCUAAAGUCAAGAUACAUAAAGGAAAAUCAGCCCCUGCAGCAGCUGAUGAAGCAGUUUAUUCUGAAGUCAAAUCAAAACCAGUUCUUAGUAAUACAGAAAUAAAAUAGCUUACAAUAGCAAGUGAUAGUGUGGUGUUAGGAUCAGGAUCUUUCCACUUCCACACAAGCAUUUAUUGAACUGCAUGUUGUAAACAUACACAGUAGACCCAGUGGCAUUUUGAUCACUUGUAUUAAUUCUUUGACGGUUGCUGGACACACACACUGCAGCUCAACACAACAACCACAACAACAUCGUUAACCAAAACUCUGAACUUUUAAGGUGUGAUUGCAGACGCCGCGCAGGUGUGUACAUCGCACCUGCAGCAGCAUCGUAAACCACGCCCCCAACACAUGUAUUGUUUUUAUAUCUAUAUUUACAGAUCUUUCCUUUGCAAAUAAGCAUCUUUGUUCCUCUUGUUUUUUUAAAUGGGUUUGUACAUUAAUAACAUUUUAUAUUUGUUUAUUUCAUAUUUGGUAAACUGCCGUCAAAUUUUUUAUUCUGUUAUCUCAUUUUGUGUUUCGU